AUGCCCCGCGCCCCGGCCGCCGCCCCGCUGCUGCUGCUGCUGGCGCUGCUGCUGGCGGCGGCCCCGCCGCACGGCGGCUCCGACAGCCCCAGGGGGAAGCAGAAGGCGCUCCGCCAGCGGGAGGUGCUGGACGUGUAUAAUGGCAUGUGCUUACAAGGCCCCAGUGGCGUUCCUGGACGGGAUGGAAACCCGGGAGCCAACGGGAUCCCUGGGACACCUGGAAUCCCAGGACGGGAUGGGCUGAAAGGGGAGAAGGGCGAGUGCAUGCGGGAGAGCAUCGAGGAGUCCUGGACGCCCAACUUCAAGCAGUGUUCGUGGAGCGCGCUGAACUACGGCAUCGACCUUGGGAAGAUCGCGGAAUGCACGUUCACCAAGAUGCGCUCCAACAGCGCGCUCCGCGUGCUCUUCAGCGGCUCCCUCCGGCUCAAGUGCAGGAGCGCCUGCUGCCAGCGCUGGUACUUCACCUUCAACGGGGCAGAGUGUGCUGGCCCACUGCCCAUUGAAGCCAUAAUAUACUUAGAUCAAGGAAGCCCAGAGCUGAACUCUACUAUUAACAUACACAGAACUUCCUCAGUGGAAGGUCUGUGUGAAGGGAUCAAUGCUGGCUUGGUGGAUAUUGCCAUCUGGGUUGGGACGUGCUCAGAUUAUCCACGGGGAGAUGCUUCUACUGGAUGGAAUUCAGUCUCCCGAAUCAUCAUUGAAGAACUGCCAAAAUAACUUCCCUCCCUUUUUAUAAUACCUGUUUUUUUAAAAAAAUCUGUACUAUUUUUUUCAGAAUUUAUUUCAAUAGAAUUGGAUGCAAGUACUGUACUGAAAGGCACUAAAGCCUUGCAUCUGUAGCCUUUACCUUGUUUUGUACAUGGCAGAGGCUUUUUAUAAUAAUCAUUUUAGAAUACAAAUAUCAAAACCAAAUUCACUAAUAUUUUAAAUUUC